AUGUCUGGACACAGCGAAUUGGAGGUUGUCAAUCAGCCUUUUGAAUACUAUGGCCCGCAGCAACAUGACAAUUUGAGUCAAAAGGAUGAGCAUGGCCGCCCAUAUUAUCAGGAAAAUACCAAGUUCAUAGGAAUGCCGGUAUUCCCUGCUGAACUGCCAUUCGAAAACUCUAUACCCAACCCCAUUGUAUCAUCGCACAGGACAUCAUCAAAUCUAUCAGACCGACAAUUCACCAAUAUCUCUGAGGCCCCUUCCUCUCCGACACUACACAGUGCACCUUUGAUCAAACAGCCUGUAUCGACAGAGAAGGAGACAGUGGAAAGUAUACAGGGUACCCAAAAAGAGAGGAGACCGUGGAAAUGGUACAUGUUAGGAGGCGUCGUCGCGCUGGUUGUAAUUAUAGCCGCUGUGGUUGGGGGAAUAGUUGCAUCUAAGAAGAACAAAACAUCGAAUGUGAAUGGAGUAUCGGGUGGAGCUCCUUCUUCAAAUAGCAAUAGCUUAUCACCAACGAGCUCCGCCUCGAACAAUUCACCAACCUCUACGUAUACAGCAUCUUCAGUGAGCUCUACUAUUGCUCCAUUCCAGAGAAACGUUGCCGCAAUCUCCUACGCAUCCAACAAUGUCAACAACUCUAGAGUGUAUUAUCAAGACAAUCAAGGCCAUAUACUAGAAUCACAUAGCAAUGCGUCGAGCGAGAUUUGGUCGACAAGUCAGAUUGUAACCGCUAAAAAUGGUUCAUCAUUUGCUGCGGCUGUGACGAUGCCAGCCAACAACUUCGAAAUCACUGUAUUAUACUCCGAUUCUGACAAUCUGCUUCAUGACAUUAUAUAUGAUGUCGCAUCAGAUUCAUGGAAUGAAGGAACCUUGUCCUCUGAGAACUACAUCAUCUCCGAGAAUUCAAACGUCGCGGUGAUGUACUGGCAGUGCCUUUUAUGCACCAACACAACCAUCAUCUCUUUUCAAGAUGUGAACAACAAGAUACAGGUUGGAAACUUAACCAACACGGGUUGGGUUUUGACCCAAAUAAAUGUUGAUGUUGUAGAUAAUACUGGUCUUGCGUUGCAACCAUUCUACCGUCUCAACCAAGCACAUCAGAUAAAUUUGUACUAUCAACAACCCAAUAGUAACAUGGCCAUCUCAGCCUGGGAAUAUACCACUCAAAAUUGGCUACUAAAUGCAGCAACAUACUACUCCCUAACAUUCGGCGUACCAAUUGCCGCAUCGGCAUCGUACAGUAGUGUCAUCUGGACGGGGAACGUAAAAACCGGCUUCGAAACCUGGGGAGAAACACUCACAUUAUCGCAUCUUGGCAUUAAAUCCAACACAUACAUGGGGGCUCAUAAUGAUUGGGAAGCAAUGGGUAUCCACCCUUCGGCAAUGUCAAAUUCCACACAAAAUCCCAAAGUAUUUAAAUCGAUCGCGGCCACGGCGACUGGGGCUGCUUUUGCCGUGGUGGCUAUCGAUGGAAAGCCAGAUGUGAUAGAAGCAUAUCAGGUUGAGGAUGAUACGAUUAAUUGGAGUUCGGCUGGAAUUGUCGAUAUUGGUAAGACAUGGGGAUAA